CUGGAGACGACGCUCGGGAUUUAGCUAUAGGAUACUAUUACACAUCGCUGUGGAUUAUUCUUCACAAGGACUACUCCUAGACUCUCUCAUUAUGACACUGGAGGAUGCUGAUACCUGUGACAACCAUAACGAAACGAUGCAUCCGGUAGCCACGGCUCUAGAAGACGUCCUCCUUGAUGCCCACAGGCGAGAAUCACUGACCAUUGGUGUCUAUGAAUCAGCACAGAUGAUGGACAGAGAUCCUGACAGUGUGGUCCUAUGUCUUCUAGCAGCAGAUCCGGAACAUGAAGAUGAUGUCGCACUGAGCAUACACUUUACACUGUUACAAGCCUUUUGCUGUGACAAUGACAUCAACAUUUUGAGAAUAUCCGGCCUUCAACGCCUGUCAGAGAUCAUUCAUAGUCAGAUUGAACCAAGCUCCGAGCCCAUGGAUCUUCAUUGCAUCCUUGUAUCGAAUCCACACAACAAUUCCUGGAAGGGUUCAAGUUUGGAUGAGGUCUUUAAUUAUUGCGCUGAAUGUAAAUCCAGGAACCAAUGGAUACCCUUCAUGUCACUAAUGGACAGGUGAUGCCGCUGGACCCUGCUUAAUUCUGGUCAUCUUGUGAACUCUCAGCCGUGCAAAAGAACUGACUGUCUGUGUCUGUGGAGUACCCAUCUGUGCCAUACUUGGUGUUAUGGAGUCUUGGAUAAUGGCGACACACCAGACCACAGCUGAAAAUCUUGGGCUCAGAACAAAUAACUUUUUUUUGUAUUGUGACGUAAAGCAUGCAGCUGGAUCUGCAAGGCACUUAGUACGUUUUGUUUUUUUUGUAGACUAUAUGGACCAAUAAGGAUUGCCUUUUAUAUAUUAUUUUUUUAUCUGUCUGAAUGGCUCAUUUUUGGCAAGUGUUUGUUUGCCAGUAGUGGUGCCUUGAUCAUAGAAACUUACCCCAGGAUCUAAUCCUUUUACCUGGAAAUGCUGAUCACCUUUAUGCCCAGUCUGACAUUAAGGCUACAUGCACACGACCGU